GCCGUGUUAUACAACUCUUCAAAUAAGUGAUGUUUGGUCUCAUAAUACGAGUCCAUCGAUGAGCUGUCGGCGCAACGACUCACAGCCCUCUCGACCCACCGAUCGCGACAGCACUCCUCACACAAGACGUCCUCUCGUUUUAAUUGCUUUUCACAACAUUUAUGGGAAAUUAGUUUAAUUAAAAUAAUGACUUUUCGGAGACUAUUUGUUACGCAAAGAUAUGCACAGCUCUUAUCGACGCGAAAAUGUCGCAAAUAUUACUCAACUUAUGAGUUGAUGCCAAACCAUCAUAAUUAUGAAACUGAUUAUUACUGUUCGCCUCGAAAUCACAGCCAAAUACUGAAGAACAUUGAGUUGAGAGGAAUGGCUGAUGAGCUGAAGGAGUUGUUUGACGAGAGCACCCGACACGACAGUCAACUCCUUUCCCAAGCGAUUAUCAACAAUAUAGAGUCUAUGCCUAAUAAGUUGCACCCAAUCUGGUAUGAUUCAGACAAUGACUAUAAGACAGUGGAUACGAUCGGAACGAAAAGAGUGUUUGAUUUUAAGCCACAAAAAGCGGAGACUUUGCUGCAAAAGUUGGGACUUUUAUAUUUGUCUGACAGGAGUGCCGGCAAUUUAGGAGUCGUCGGCGGCAAAAACAGUUACGCAUUUGUGGCUGAUUUGUGUCGAUUAGAGCACGCGCUCAUCACAUGGACCACAAGUGUACUCAUUAAUGAAUACGGCUUUACGCCGGUAGUUGUGCCCCAACUCCUGUAUUCAGAUAUAAUAAAGUCCUGCGGAUUCAACCCUUCCGGCCGUCGAUCGCAAGUCUAUCGAUUGACGUCCGAUGAAAGGGUGUGUUUGAUAGGGACGGCCGAACAGCCAUUGGCCGCCUUCAACAUCGUCGAGAUGUUUGCCAUCACUGAUGAGACCCAAUCAUCGCAAAUGUUGCACCAUUUGGUCGAUAUCCAGAAGUCGCUGUUUGAGCGGUUGUUCAUUUGUUUCCGUGUCAUUGAUAUGCCUCCUCACGACUUAGGACUUCCGGCCCACAGAAAGUUCGAUAUCGAGGCUUAUAUGCCAGGUCGUGAUGUUUGGGGAGAGAUCUCUUCGGCGUCCAAUUGUACGGACUAUCAGUCGAGACGUUUGAAUAUGAAGUACCGGUCUCUGGAUGUGAACGAAGAGACGAAUCAAGUGUUUAGCGAUAGGUUUGUUCACACGAUUAACGGGACGGCGUGUGCUGUGCCUCGGAUGCUGAUCACGAUUUGCGAGCAAAAUCAGACCAGCGAUGGAUUUAUAGUAAUACCUGAAGUGUUGCUCGACACCAAAAGCGAAACUCAAGACAUCGAUGAAGUGUUUGAGAAGCAACUGAAGUACUGUUCGUGUGAUUCGGAGUACGGAGAGGAUGGCGACCGAGAGUUUGAUUUGAUGGGAGACAACCAGUUGUCGCCCAACAGAAUGAGACAACUGGAGGAAGAACAGGAACUCCUCAAUGGCUCACUCAUGGCGUUGACCACACACUUCGCUCAGGUCCAGCUCAGACUCAAACAGAUUGUCGACGCCAAUGAGGAUCAGAGGGAAGACUUGCUGAAGGAGUUGGAACAGUUCGCCAACAGAGGCAUACCUGACAUCAGACAACCGCAGAUGGAUUUGAUGAGUGAUAAGGAAAAUGACGACAGAACAGUAACUGAAGACACGUUAGAAUUACAGCGAAUUAAACAAAAAGAGUUAAUCGAGAAACUGAAGGACCAGUUGGAAGACCUCGAGAGCUAUGCCUACGAGACCGGAGACAUCGCGUCCAUCCCAUCGUCGAUGCUUUUGGAGAGACAGACAGUGAUCAUCGAGCAGUUGAAGGGAAAAUUGCCCCUAAAUUUAGAUGAAUUGGACAAAUCAACGCCCGAAGAGCUUAGGAAACAAGUGGACAGAGCUAUACGUGAUUUAGUGAAUCCGGUUAUAAUGAAAGAGCAAUUAGUCGGACAAUUGAAGACACAGAUCACAGACUUGGAGCGAUUCAUACAUUUUCUUCAGGGUGAGGAGCAGUCGAAAUGCACGUGCAAUUGUCCAAUGCAUGGUAAUAGUCAACAAUGUCUGGAACCCUAUAAUAAACAAAAAGCCGAAGAAAUGCUGAGACGAAGAGCCGACAGGAAUAAGAAGAGCAAAGAAACUAACGAAACGGCUAUUAAAAUGAUCCGAAGAGCUCUAACUUUACUACAAGUCUUCACAUUCGCUCAGUUCGGUUGCGGCAACAUAAAUCCACACUUUGAACGAAACACACUUAAGAAGUCGUCGAAAGGCAACCAUUGGGGAGACCUUCGGGCACGACUGGAAGUGGCCAUCGAUCGCAUCCUCGACAUACACCACGAAAAGCACUCAAACGAUUCGGACUACACAUCGGAUUCAGACGAGUCGCCCACCAAUCUGUUGUGCAACGAAAGGAUUAUCUCAGCCGUACGUAAAGACCUGUCGUCAGCGCUCAGAGAUCUGCUACAACACGGCCUCUCCGGCAACACACCCGACCGCAUAAGCGAAGGGUCGGCGCCCACUGUUUUCAACUGGGGCUGCUUCUCAACCCGUUCCCAUCUGGUCCCCCGUUCCCUACACGCCUGGGAUGUUGUCCUUAAAUACUAUGAGCUUAAGAAUGGGAUUAAAUACAACUCAUGUCCGGCGCGAAGACUCUCGCAGUCAUUCAACUUACAAAUAGUGGGCGGACUGGCCAUCACUCCGAAGCAGACUUUAUUGUCAUGUAUUGACGACAUCAUCGAAUCGCACACUAAACUCAAGAGGAGUUUUGACUCACAUUUUAAAGCAUUUGUUUGUUCAGCGCUUAAUGAAGGGAAAUUGUGUCAAUGGCUUAAACUUAUAGUGAAAAGUCGUACAAUAAUUGGCAUGUAUUACGAGGACUGGUCGUAUAUGGUGUCCACCGGAUUUGAUGACACAUUGCGAUCGUUGGAUAAGUUAUCUGUCGUUCGCUUUCAUUUGCCAACAGAUCUGGCGGUCAGACAACUCCAGAAUAUUCACGACGCCUUCUAAGACACCACUGAAUGGCAUCCAUUGGAGACAACAUUGAGAUCUCAUGAAUUAAUUGUCAACUAAAUUCAUUUCCAAUUGUUUCCUAUUCUCCUA